GGAAAUUCGCAAGUGGGGACACCCCCCCUCACCCGAGGGAAGACCAUGUCCCUAACAAGUGGUCGACGCCAUGCUCAUUAGUUUCCCGGAUACUGAAUAUAUUAGUCGAGGUUUCGCACUUUACAGUUUUCUUUGGAAAGUUCUCUUUUGCUGCAGUGGUGACAAUUGGCAGUUAAUUAAUAAAUUAUUAUUAAUUAAUAUCCCCGGUUGUUAUCGGAGUAGUGCUAUCCUGUUUGUUUAAUUUUUUGUUACAGUAAAUAUAUUAUCGGUUACAGUUUUCUUUAAAUUUUUACUUUCGUAUACACGAAAAGAAACCUUGGUGUGUGUGUGGUACAGGGUUAUUCGCUCUUUAGCCAGCACCCAGUGGUCAAUUUUGGUGAAAUCUUCUAUUCGGAACAUUAUUCACUGAGACCCACUAACAAUGGCCGGUAUUACUCCGUCCGCUAAUCUAGUCACUGAGGCCAACGACUUACAAUCACUGACAAUGGAACAUUUACAGGAAUCACUCUCCAAGUCGCGGGACAAACUCAGACGUUACUUUUUCACGGCCUUAUCUCUUGAAGCCACCUUGAAUACUGAAAACGUCAAAUUCGAAAAAUUAAAAGAAAAAAUUAGAUUGCUGAAGAUUAAUAUGGAAAAGAUGUCCGUCAUCACUGCUCAACCUAAUCACGGAUCACCACCAGAAGAACCUACUAGGAAUAUCUGUCCAAAGUGUAGUCUUCAAGAGCCUAAAGACUCUGCCGUUAGUGCCGAGACACAAACUGACGACAUCAACCCCGAACAAUCUACCACAGAGGCAAACUUACCCCCUGUUAUAACGAUUAUUGUUGAUCCGCCUACUGACGAAUCGAUUGACGUCGAAUCCUUCUCGCGAUUCACAAGAUCCCACUACAAGUUCUGUCGGAAAUAGAUCUAACAAGAGAAAACUAGAUUCUCAGAUUAUUAUUUACGUUAUAUUGAAAAUUUUGUUAAAUAACGAUUAAAUUUAGAUCGUUAAAAUCACAAGUAUUAUGUAUUCUCGUAUCAAACUAAAUAAGUCGCUAGAACUUAUUAUCUCCAAUACCAAACCCUUUAGAGAUCAAAGACUGUUUCUCGAUGAAAUUUUUAUUUUGUUGUAUUGAGAGUGAUAUUAUAUACUGUUGUUUAAAAAUAAAUAAUUAAUUUUGAUACGAAUUUCACCGUAUUCACUUAUUAAUAGU